AUGGAUAUUGUUAACGAAAUAUUAGAAAGGGAACAGAAGAAAGCCGAAAAGUAUAAGUCAAUCACUGUAGACAAACAUUUGGAAGUUGAUAUCGACGUAGGAUGCCUACUUGCAUCAGACACAAAUGAUUUAGACUCCAAAUUAUUAGAGAAAAGUAAGGACGUAUUUUUACAAGCUCUAACACGAGACAACACACAAUUGCUUUUGAAUAAAAUAUGGGAGCUACCUACAGAAAGGGCAGAUGAAGCUAUUAUAGUAAAGCUGCCAGAACCAAAAACUGUGAUACCCAGAGCAAAACCUGUUCCCAAACCUAAACCGUUGACUAAAUGGCAAGAGUUUGCCAAGUCCAAGGGGAUUACAAAGAAGAAGAAAGACAAGUUACAAUGGGAUGAACAGCUGCAGAAAUGGGUGCCAUUGUAUGGUUUCAAAAGGGCAGCUGCUGAGAAGGAGAAGAAUUGGUUGAUAGAAGUUCCACAGAACCUGGACCCAAUGACUGAUAUGUAUGAGAAGAAAGCCUCAGAAAAGUCUGAGAAAGUAGCCAAGAAUGAAUUACAGAGGUUAAAGAAUCUUGCUAGAUCUAAGAAAGUCAAGAUACCUAGGGUUGGUCUCCCAGUUACAUCAGACAAAGCUAAUGCAACACAGUUGGAAACAGCAGCAACUAUAGCUAAAGCGUCCACUGCAUCCCUUGGCAAGUUCCAAGACAAAUUACCAAAAGAGAAAGAAGCCCGCGGCAAAGGCAUUCAUGAACUCAUCCCUGGCAAGGAGAGGAAGCGUAAACUUCCAAUACCGACACCACAGCAGGAGAGAGAGAAUAACUUGAGUAUGCUUGACAGUAUCCUGAGUAAGAGGCCUAAGAUUGAUAUGGACAAGGCUGUGGCAAAACAUAUAAAUGAUGAACAAGUACAGCGAUCAGAGGAAAAGCGCAAUACAAAGUCUCCUAAGGCAGGAAAACGUAAGACAAAGGGUGGCAACGCUACCAAUUUCUCAGCAAAGAAACCCAAGGCAGGCAAAGGGCAGAGGAAUCCUAGUAAAAAAGCAGGCAGUGGCAGGAAGAGGAGAUAG